ACCCAAUUUACAGUGCGUGUUUUAGGCUUUACAGCCACGCCUUUUACGCAUGACGCCAAGCUGUCGUGAUUCAGGACAACGUGCUCAUAGCAAGCAAGCAUGGCGUCGAGUAAUGGAUUGGCGUCUUUGGGUGUGGAGGGGGCUUCAGCAGCAGCGCACGCUCUCUCUCUCCCGGCGGAGGCGUACGGAAAUGAUCCCCAACUGGAGGUAAUGUGGGCCAUGAAGGCAUACAACCAUGCAGAAGUGUACUUUAAUCUGAUUUCUUCUGUGGAUCCCAAGUUCCUGAAACUGACCAAAUCAGAUGAUAAAAUAUAUUCUGCAUUCACGGAAAGUUUUAGUGACCUUAACCUGGAGCUACUGGACCCUGAUCAUCUAAAAUCUCCUGAGGCCAAAGAGAGAUGGAGGCCAUUCUGCAAUCAGUUUGAUGGUAUUGUUGAGGACUUCAAUUAUGGAACACUACUUCGUCUAGACUGCAGAAAGGACUACACAGAGGAAAACACAAUAUUCGCUACCAGAAUCCAGUUUUAUGCCAUUGAGAUUGCAAGGAACAGGGGGGGCUUCAAUGAUGCUGUUUUUAAUGCCAAAUGCAAGCAACAAAGCAAGGAGGAACAAAGUUAGUCUUCAAAAGAGCAGUGUGACUGACGUCUUUCUGUAAUAUUUGGUUAAAUUUCAGAAUGGUGGGGGAACUAACCACAGAAUUGAUUAUAUUUUUUGACUCAAAAAAAAUAAUCAACAUUGGAAGACAGUUGUGUGUAGAUUGCGCCAGAUCAUCAGUGUCAGAUUAUGUUAAGCGGAAAGGUCCCGUCUUCCCAGGUCUUUGUCUAGUUUACGGUAAUAUUAUUUCACAACAUUUGUGACUGAUAAUGAAAAGAAAGGAAAGAGCAUACACAAGGCACCAUUGUAAGAUAAAGCCUACAAGCUCACCCCCAUGUUUUGUUUUUUUGUAUAACCUUUUCCUGAUGCUGUAUCAGACAUGCAUUUUUCCCCCUGUAUGAUAACGUCUUGUGUACCCUCAACCAACUGGUGCAUGGGUUUGAAGUAGACUUGUGUGGAAUAAAUAGAGCUUCAUAUACAAA